AUGGCUGAGAUUGUCAAUAACUCGGCGAAUGCCUUGGCGAUGAACGGUGAUCGUCUCGUAGCAGAUGGUGCGCCCACGGAUGGCACCGGUGUCACCCAGCUUGAUCCCUGGCUUUCGCCUUUCAAGGAUGCUCUCAAGCGUCGGUACGCAAGGGCUCAGGAAUGGACCAAGAGUAUCAAUGACACCGAAGGGGGGAUGGAGAAGUUCACUCGCGAUCUUCCACAUGGACAGGGCACCGAGAUUUUCGGACUGAAUGUCGACAAGGACAACAACAUCGUCUAUAGGGAAUGGGCGCCCAAUGCCGUCCAGGCUUUUCUCGUGGGCGACUUCAACAACUGGAACCGGGACUCUCAUCCUAUGAAGAAGAAUGACUUUGGCGUUUUCGAAAUCACGCUGCCUCCCAAUCCCAAUGGUGAAGCUGCGAUUCCCCACAACUCCAAGAUCAAGAUUUCUUUGGCUCUCCCAAACGGAGAGCGAGUCGAUCGACUACCUGCCUGGAUCAAGUACGUCACCCAGGACCUGUCGGUCUCGCCAGCCUAUGAUGCCAGGUUCUGGAACCCCCCUGCAAGCGAAAAGUAUUCUUUCAAGCACCCGCGGCCCACGAAGCCGAAGAGCGCUCGCAUCUACGAGGCCCAUGUCGGCAUUUCGAGCCCCGAGCAAAAAGUUGCCACCUACAAGGAGUUCACCCAGAACAUGCUGCCCAGAAUCAGGGACCUGGGCUACAACGUGAUCCAGCUCAUGGCCGUCAUGGAGCAUGCUUACUAUGCCAGUUUUGGCUACCAGGUCAACAACUUCUUUGCUGCCAGCAGCCGGUAUGGACCUCCAGAAGACCUCAAGGAGUUGGUCGACACGGCGCACAGUAUGGGCAUUGUCGUGCUGCUCGACGUCGUGCACAGCCACGCCUCGAAGAAUGUGCUCGAUGGCCUAAAUGAGUUCGAUGGCACGGAUCACCAGUACUUUCACGAGGGAGGCAAAGGCCGUCACGAACUCUGGGACAGCCGGCUCUUCAACUACGGCCACCAUGAAGUUCUGAGGUUCCUACUCAGCAAUCUCAGGUUCUGGAUGGAUGAGUACCGUUUUGACGGCUUCCGAUUUGACGGUGUCACGAGCAUGCUUUACGUUCACCACGGCAUCGGCACUGGCUUUUCCGGCGGUUAUCACGAAUACUUCGGCGCAGAUGUAGAUGAGGAGGCUGUUGUCUAUCUCAUGCUUGCGAAUGAGAUGCUUCAUCAGAUCUAUCCGGAAUGCAUCACUGUCGCUGAGGAUGUUUCCGGCAUGCCUGCCUUGUGCUUGCCACUCUCGCUGGGAGGUGUUGGGUUCGACUAUCGUCUCGCAAUGGCUGUCCCGGAUAUGUGGAUUAAGAUCCUGAAGGAGAAGACGGACGAGCAGUGGGACAUGGCAAACAUCUGCUGGACUCUUACGAACCGCCGGCACGGGGAGAAGACCAUUGCCUAUUGCGAGAGCCACGAUCAGGCGCUGGUCGGGGACAAGACAUUGAUGAUGCACCUUUGCGACGCCGAGAUGUACACCAACAUGUCGGUGCUGUCUCCACUGACACCAGUCAUCGACCGUGGGAUGGCGCUGCACAAGAUGAUUCGGCUACUCACUCAUGCACUCGGUGGAGAGGGCUAUCUCAAUUUCGAAGGGAAUGAGUUUGGCCACCCAGAGUGGCUCGACUUUCCCCGGGAGGGCAACCAGAAUUCGUUCUGGUAUGCUCGCCGCCAGCUGAAUCUUACCGAGGAUCAUCUUCUCAGAUAUCAGUUCCUCAACAAUUUUGACCGUGGUAUGAACCUGUGCGAAGCUAAGUUUGGCUGGCUGCAAGCGCCUCAAGCCUACAUCUCGCUCAAGAACGAGAGCGACAAGGUCAUCAUUUUUGAACGCGCUGGUCUGGUUUUCAUUUUCAACUUCCACCCGACCCAGAGCUACACCGACUACCGUAUUGGUGUCGAUGUGCCGGGGACGUACAAGAUCGUCUUGGAUAGUGACAGGAAGGAGUUUGGUGGCUUCAGCCGCCUCGAUGAGAACACGCGGUUCUUCACCACACCCAUGGAAUGGAACGGGCGCAAGAAUUGGACUCAUGUCUACAGCCCUUGCCGAACGGCUAUCGUGCUGGCACUAGAGUCGGCAGCUUCGUAG